AUGCGCAUCGCAGCAUCAGGUCGGAGUCGGGGCACGUCGGCGAUCGUAGGCCGUUUCAAACCACUCGCCGCCGUAGCCGUAGCAGACUCGUCAACGUUCCACCGUACCGCGACCUCGGAGCGAAACUUCCCCGAUGGUGCGGCGGUCUGUACUGCCUAUGGCGCAUCGGCCACAUCAUUGUUCUCGCCGGUCCUCUCGCACCAAGGGAACGAGUCUUCACCCGCUUCUGCCACUCAAGCCAGGCCCUUGUUUUAUAAGGGCAAGACACUCGUGAAAUACGCGGCCGCUCUGCGUCCGACCGUGCUCAACGGGAAACUGGUCGGUGACGCAGGAGCGUCGGGGAAAUAUAUGGUCUUGUCAAGUAUGCCGCUUCCCCCUCGUUCACUUCUCCCCUCGUUCCCUUGUUCCACUGGUGGUGCUGACACGCUUCCUACCGAGCAGCCAGUGCGCCUUCGCGAAUUGCUUCUUCCGGCCGCCCGCCAGUUCCCUCGUGCGCCGCUAGCAGCUGUGCGGUCCGCCAUGGCUCACGCGCAUGCGCGCGGGGCAUCCGAGCAGCGCGCGCAGGCAGCUGCUGCCGCGCCCAGCAGCGCGCGGAGCAGCUUGCGCUGGGCCCACAGGCUGCGACCGCGGAGAGAGCAGCGCUGCGCGCGCGCAGUGGCAGUGCGGCUGCUGCUGGUGCCGCUGGCCGCGGCGGCGCUGGCGGGCCGCAUGGCGGUGGGCGCGCGCGGCAGUGAUGACGAGGCUGUGACGCGCGCUGGCGAAUCGCAAGCCACAGCAGCAGCCCUGCUCGACACUCUGAACCUCACCCGCUCGCCCAUAACAGCGCUCUUUGUGUUCGGCGACUCGCUGGUGGACGUGGGCAACAACAACUACGGCUCGCACCGCUUCCUGCGUGCGGACCUGCCCCCCUACAGCAUGGACUACAGGCAGGCGUCGGGGCGCUUCUCCGAUGGCCGCCUGCAGAUCGACUACUUGGCGCGCUAUCUGGGGCUGCCCUCGCCCCCGCCAGUGCUGCAGCCGGGGCGCAGCGCUGCUCGCGGGCUCAACUUCGCCAGCGCUGGGGCGGGCGUGCUCCACUCCACCAACCCGGGCCAGGCGUUCCCGCUGUCCUUCCAGCUAGGAAAGUUCCGGGAAGUGCAUGUAGCGGUGGUGGGGCAGGACGGCAGCGAGCAGGGCGGUGGGAGCAAGGAGUCUGCCACCACGCUGUCUAAUGGUGGUGACGCUGGGAGCGUGGGGAGUGACAGCAGCAGCAGCAGCAGCAGCAGGAGAGCGUGCCAGACAAGAGUCACCUCUCUCCGCCUUCUUUCCAUCCUUCACCUCGGCGUCCUCCUCAUGUCUUGUUCGCAUCGUCCCACUAACCAUUCCUCCCAACCCACCAUCCCUCGCGUCUGCCCUCCUCUUGCUCCCCCGUCCCUCCCUCCUCUUCUCCCCGCCCAUCGCCAGGCCCUCGCCUCAGCGCUCUACGUGCUGCAGGUGGGCUCCAACGACUACCUCUACCUGCUGUCGCACCUCAACGCUCCUCCUACGCUCCCCACAUCUCCAUUCCCCCCCCCUCUCCCCCUCCCCUCCCCCCUACAGGCCCUCACAUCAGCGCUGUACGUGGUACAGAUCGGUUCCAACGACUACCUCUACCUGCUAUCGCAGCUCAACAUGGGGCUCGUGCCCAACAUCCCCACCUCCCUCCCCCCCCGCAACGCAACGCGCCCUCGUCUGUUCAGCAAUGCCUCCUCCCUUCCGCCCAUGCCCAGCGCCUCGUCGCUGCCUCGCCUGCCCAACACCACCGCCGUGCCACCGCUUCCCUUCAACUCCACACCCCUCCCAUCCGCCUCCAUAGCCUCUGCCUCCUCUGCUGCUUCUGCCGCGUCUGCCUCCUCUGCCGCUUCGACAAGGUCUAGAGCAGCCGCCCGCCUGCGCGGGGCGGGGACACGUGGCGCGCUGCCAUUGGAGGAGGCAGUGAGCCGCCCACCGCAGUCAGUGGCGGAUAGGCUUGUCGCAGUGGGGCGUCAUCUUCUAAUACAAAUCCCCCCUCACGCUGCUGCCUCACGCACGCGUCCUGUGCCUCACCUGCUGCGCUGGCCCUCCUGCUCUCCCCAGGCGCUGUACAGCAUGGGAGCGCGGCGCUUCCUGGUGUACCUGCUGCCGCCCAUCGCAUGCGCGCCCACGCUCAUGCAAGCCUUGGGGCAGCGCACGUGCUCCGCGUCGCCGCUCUCCGCCGUGCCGCUGGCCCACAACGCGCUGCUCACCGCGGGGCUGAAUGCACUGCAGGCUCGCCUGCCGGGCAUCGUCAUUCUCACGGCGGACGUUGGGGGGCUCGUGGUUCGCGCUGUGGAGCAGCCUAAGGCGCUGGGCUUCACCAGCGGCCCCGAGGCAUGCUGCGGCGCCCCUGCACCGCUGAACGGGCUGGUGCAGUGCGGGCGAACGGCGCUGGUGAACGGCACCCCCACGCGCUACACGCUGUGCCGCCACCCCUCGCAGCACGUCUUCUGGGACGCCUUCCACCCCACUCAGCACCUCAACCACCUGCUUGCUGCCCGCGUGUGGCGUGGCGCCGAGGGCGGAUGGGGUGCUGAUGAUAGGGAUGAAGGGGAUGAAGGGGAUGGUGGGGAUGAAGGGUUGGGUGAUGAUGUGGGUGAGGAUGAUGGUGGCAGUGGAGUUGUAAUGCGCCCUGUUGGGUUGAGAGCACUAGCAAGAUAUUUGGCUGAGGCCAGUCACUGGUGGCGAUCGCACCUCGUGGUCGCAGGGCCGCGGUCGCCGGGCGCACUCACUUCCACCUCACCGGGCGCACCCACCUGUUGCACGCCGCGCAGAAUGACGCUUUUGCGGCAACACCGAUCGUUUCCGUCUCUCUCGGAGCCGCGCAUUGCCCUCUUGCUCAUAGUAACCGUAGCGCACGUCGCGGCGGGUCCACUUGCGACGCUCCGUCGCGUGGAGAUCGUCGCAGGCGAUACAGCCGCCACGGCUGAUAGAGUCGACACGGCUGCUACAGCCGUAGCCAGCCAUCGCCGGAGUGCGCUAAGAACAGCCGUCGCCACGUUGUCGCCGCCGCCACCCGUAGCGCCUUCGACUCCUGGUGGGCUCUCGGCGCCGCCGGCCGCGCCGCGACCUCCCGGCUCCAGCGGGAACGCGUCGGCAAACGAGUAUGGCCCGGAAUUCCCGCCGACGUACGAUCAACGGCUGGCGCUGGCGGAGCUGCGCGUGGCGAUGGACCCGCAGGGCUUGGAGUUGGAGUCGUGGGACUCGGACGUGGGGUGGGCCUUCUGGAUGGGCGUCCAAUGCGACCAGUGGAACCAAGUCGUCAAACUGUCGCUGGGCGGCAACGAGCUGACGGGGAGCAUCCCCGCGGGCAUAUCGCACCUCACCGCGCUGCAACACCUGGACGUGAGGGGCAACCAGCUGCAGGGCGAGCUCGUGCCCGACAUUGCGGGGCUGCCCGCCCUCACCUACCUCGACCUGUCCAACAACCGCAUCAAUGGCUCGCUGCCCGACUCGCUCUCCAACCUCACCGCGCUGCGCCACCUCGACCUGCAUCAGAACGCCAUCACCGGCCCGCUGCCCUCCGCCCUUGCUGCACUCACCCACCUCACCCACCUCGACCUGCGAGAGCUCGACUUCACGCCCGCCCCUCUGCCGCCCGCUGUUGGCGCCCUCUCCUCCCUCAUCUACCUCGACCUGUCAUACACGCACCUCACGGGCCCGCUGCCCGCCUCCGUCGCCAACCUCUCCGCUCUCAAGUUCCUCGCGGUGGACGGCAAUGCACUGACGGGCUCCAUCGACAUCUUCCCACCAAACUCAUCCCUGCAAGCCAUUCUAGCGGGGCACAACGAGCUGGAGGGGGGGGUGCCGGACGUGGCACGGCAGCCGCAGCUGCGCCUGCUCUCACUGCAUGACAACAACCUCACUGGCCCCGUGCCUGCUGCCGACCUCAACUCCUCUAAAACCACCGUCGUCCUAGCAGGCAACCCGCUGUGCACGUCAGCGCGGUACUACCGCACGUGCAACGUGUGGCAGCAGCGCCGCCUGUGCACGCUGCCGUGCAGCGGCAGUGGGGAGAGUCCGAGCCCGGUGGAGUACGUGCAGGGGCAGGCGUGCGUGUGCGCGCUGCCCGUGGUGGUGCGCCUGUUCCUGCAGAACCCCUCCUACACGCUCUUCAACGCUGAAUAUGCCGAUCUCUUUCAGCGAGACGUGGAGGCACGCCUCAACCUCGUGGAGGGGCAGGCGUGGCUGGACAGUGUGAGUCAGCGCGAGGACAACCUCGAGGUCGCCACUCUGCGCAUCUACCCCGCCAAGGUGGAUGCCCCAUGGACGGACGAGCAGAGGGGGCAGCUGUAUGCAGCGUUGGGCCGCCUCACUCGCCUCAGUGCUAUCUUUGGGGGCAUCACGUUCGAUGGCCCACCACCCCCGCCAGUGCCCAGCCCGCCACCGCCCCCUCCCACGCUCGCAGUCACCACUGAAAGCAAGAGCACGUUCCCGGUGUGGGCCAUCGCGGUCACGGGGGUGGGGCUGCUGUGCUUCGCCGCCUCGCUGCUGCUGCUGCUGCUCUGGCUGCGCCACCAACGCAGACGCCAGAUGCUCCGGCCGACCAAGUCGAAGCUAACGAUGCGGCUACAGGAGCAGUUUGUGCGCCCCAUUGCCCUGGCGGAGAUCGAGGAGGCCACGGACUCGUUCUCGGAGGCGCGGCUGCUGGGCGCGGGCGGGUACGGGUCCGUGUACCGCGGCGACGGGCCCAACGGCGAGCAGUGGGCCGUCAAGCGCGCGCAGGUCACCACCGUGCAGUCCAUGGGCGUGUUUCAGAACGAGGUGGACGUGAUAUCGGCCAUGAGUCACCGCAAUCUGAUAGCGCUGCUGGGGUACUGCGAGGACAAGGGCGAGCAGAUCCUCGUCUACGAGUUCGCCGCCAACGGCACCCUCUCCACCCACCUGCGCCCGCCCCCCGACAAGCCGCUGCCCCCCCUGACGCUGCAGCAGCGCGUGGAGGUGGCGCUGGGCGCGGCGCAGGGGCUGUUCUACCUGCACUCGUUCGCGCGCCCGCCCGUCAUCCACCGCGACGUCAAGUCGGGGAACAUCCUGCUCGACCAAGACAUGCAGGCGAAGGUGGCGGACUUUGGGCUGCUGAAGGCGUCCAAGGGCGAGGGCGUGGCGCACAGCACGCAGGUGGCGGGCACACCGGGGUACCUGGACCCCGAGUACUACUCCGCCUUCAAAGUCACUGCCAAGAGCGACGUCUACAGCUUCGGCGUGGUGCUGCUGGAGAUCCUGACAGGCCUGCCGCCCAUCUUUGAGAGCCUCGACGCCAACGAGUCCACCGACGGCGAGCGACAGAUGACCAGCCUGGCCAGAUGGUGUGCGCCGUACGUGCAGACGGGCAACGUGGGCAAGAUAGUGGACCCGCGGCUGGGCGCGGACUACCCGGGGGACAUAGUGAAGGCGCUGGCGGAGGUGGCGAUGGCGUGCGUGCAGCGCCACAGCAAGAACCGCCCCGACACGGGCGAGGUGGUGCGGCGCCUGGGGGACAUCCUCGCACGCCUCACGGGCGAUGAGAGCGCCGCUGCGCUGGGGCACCUGCGGUCGCAGAGCUCCAAUGUGGGCGCCGUCGCCAUUCCCGAGGACGGGGAGGUUGAUCCGAACAUUGCGCUGGUGGGGAAUAUGGAGGGGCCGUACGAUGAGAGCACUGCCGCCAUGUCGCAGAUUAUCCCGCGCUGA